AUGUCGCCGCCAACCUCCGAUUCCGGUAACCUUCGCCAUCACACUCUGGAGGAGACCAACGGUUUCCACAAUGGCAACGCUGAAUCCUCCAAAACGGAAGUUAAUUCUGCCGCACCGCCGAUUCCGAGUUCGUUCCGCGAUGCGUUUAUUGCAGUUCUGCGGAGACUCUUCGAAGAAUCGUAUUUUCUUCAGCUCAAGGAAACAUUGAGAUAUGGUUUGUUUCUUGGAACCUUCGCCGGAACGUUUGUUUCAAUGGAUGAGUUUAUAGGUGCUUUUGGAGGUCACCGUAGAACAGCAAGGUGUAGAGCGCUGUUUGCAGGGGCAGUUGCUGGGCAGUCGAUGCUUCUGACGGGGUUAGAAGCACAACACACAAGCUUGGCCAUUUACAUUCUCACGCGUGUUGCUGUCUUAGCAUCUCGUUGUGGGAUUAAGAGUAAACGAUUUGGGAGAAUUUGUAAGCCUCUCACAUGGAAGCACAAAGACAUUUUCCUCAUGUGUCUCUCCUCUUCCCAAAUUUUGUCUGCUUAUAUAUUACACCAAGACAGUUUACCUGCUUCAUAUAAAUCCUUUCUCAAUAAACAUGGUGGAAAGGAUGCAGUUAUCUUACAAGGUGUAAAAGAUAUAGCCAGUGGCAAGGCUUUUACUAAUCUGCAUGCAAUAGAGAAAUACUACAAGACCGUGGGUGUCGAUGUGAAAUUAGAUCCAAAUAUGCAAGUCCCAUGCUCGAUUGUACAUGGGAAUCAAUCAUGUGGUGGGCACGUCAUUUCUUUUCUCGGUCAAGCCUACAAAAGAGCGUUACCUGUUUAUUUUCCAGUUUAUCUGAUACCUGCCCUAAUAGUUCACAGAAAAGGACUUUUACAAAGGCCUUUUACAAUAUUGACAAAGGUUCUUAUUGGCACUGCAAGAUCAAGUUUGUUUCUGUCAGUUUACUGUACAUCCGCCUGGAUGUGGACAUGCUUUCUGUUUAGGAUCUUCAAAAGAUGUAACAUUCCAAUGGUGGCCAUGGGAACGUUCCCACCUGGCCUUGGAUUAGCUAUUGAAAAGAAAAGCAGGCGAAUCGAGAUAUCAUUAUACUUCCUUGCCCGAGCUAUUGAGAGUUUCUUCACAUGCAUAGCUGAUGCUGGGUAUCUGCCACCGUCUAGAAGGAUCAAGAGAGCCGAUGUUGUAGUUUUCAGCUUGUCAACAGCUUCAAGCCCAGGCCCAAGCUCAUGCAGCAGCAGCCAGUGGUCUUCUUGGCCAUACAGAAUUACGAUUUCAUAUGCCUCCAUCGAUAACACUUGCAAGCCGAGGGCGUCUGUAGGGUCUCAGACUUCAGCUGACACUUCUUGA